UUGUGCCCUUUUUCUGGUUUUUCUUCUUCAACUUCUAAUCUCGAUAAUACGACUCGUUCUCGAGGCCUACAUUUUUUCAUUAUUUCUCUAUUUCAUAACAAGAUUGGAUCAAGUUAAGAAAAAAAUCUCGGGGCUUGUUUUCCAAAUUUUCUUAGUCGGAUUAUGGGUCGAAAAAUAUUUGUGGUUAAGAUACCUAAUAACCUUUGCCCUCCUAUGCUUCUUUAUUAUUUUAUUUACUAUCGACUCUCGAUCGCUCUCGAGGGUCAACGAUUCGAAGAUCUCCCAGGGGCCUAUUUCUCCCCUCCACAUUUCUGCGUUCUGUGGAUAUUUCUGCAGAAUCUGUGGGCCCCAUUUUCUGUAGAAUCUGUGGAAGUGCAGAAAUAGUAGAAAUUCUUUGGUCUGUGCACAGAAUUCUAUCCGCAGAAUCUGUGGAGGGGAGAAAUGGACCCUAGGUCGGAGUUUCGAAAUCGAAAAAUAUUUCCGGAUCUCGGGUUUAAGUUAGGUCUUUUUCCGACUUUCUGAUAACCCUAUCUCUUCUUUUUUACACACGUUUCCAUUAUUUUUUAUUUAUUUUUAACUCUCGAUUUACGUCGUUAACUCUCAAAUGCCAACAUAACGACAAAACUAAAUU